UCCUGAGCUUCCGAGGUAUCGCUACUGUCAAAUCAGCUCUCUCAGACUACUUUACACUAUACAUCAACUUACAUCAACCUACGUUACCGACCAACGUCUACCCCUCAACUUAUAUAUUUUAAGAAAAUAAGAAGGACAAACUUCUCUACUUAUUCAAGAUGGCUGCUAAAGACAUCAGAACCGACAAUCUGAAAGAGCCCGUUGACGUGGCUGAUUAUCUCUUCACGAGACUUUACCAGCUCGGUAUCCGAUCGGUCCACGGUCUUCCGGGUGAUUUCAACCUUGUCGCCCUCGACUAUUUGCCCAACGCGGGGCUUAAGUGGGUUGGCAACUGCAACGAGCUGAAUGCCGCCUAUGCCGCCGACGGCUACGCCCGUAUAAAGGGCAUUAGCGCUAUCGUCACCACUUUCGGUGUUGGCGAGCUUUCCGCUAUUAACGGCAUUGCUGGCGCUUACAGCGAGCACGUCCCCAUUGUUCACAUCGUCGGAUGCCCUUCUACUAUUUCUCAGCGCAGCGGUCUGCUGUUGCACCACACCCUAGGAAAUGGCAACUUCAACGCUUUCGCCGACAUGAGCUCUUCUAUCUCUUGCGCCGUCGCCAAGCUCAAUGACCCCGUUGAGAUCGCCGCUCAAAUCGACCACGUCCUGCGAGAAUGCUACUUGAACUCCCGCCCCGUUUACAUCAUGCUCCCUACCGAUAUGGUUCAGAAGAAGGUCGAAGGCGCGCGGCUGGAAACCAAAAUCGACUUAACCGAGCCUCCUAAUGAUCCGCAUCGGGAGGACUACGUCGUCGAAGUCGUACUCAGGUACCUGCACGCCGCUAAGCGACCCGUCGUCCUCGUCGACGCCUGCGCCAUCCGUCACCGCGUCCUCGACGAGGUCCACGAAUUAAUCGAGAAGACCAACCUACCCGUGUUCGUCACGCCUAUGGGCAAGAGCGCCAUCGACGAGACUCACCCCAACUUCGGCGGCGUGUACGCCGGAACCGCCUCCGCCCCCGCCGUCAAGGAGAUGGUCGAGGGCUCCGACCUCGUCAUCUCCAUCGGCUCGCUCAAGAGCGACUUCAACACCGCGGGCUUCUCGUACCGUCUCUCGCAGCUCACCUCCAUCGACCUGCACAGCGACCACUGCAUCGUCCGCUACUCCGAGUACCCCGGCGUCCGCAUGAAGGGCGUCCUGCGCAAGAUCGUCGACCGCCUCGACGUGAGCAAGAUCUCGGCGCUGCCGGCGCCCAAGUGGGAGUCCCCGCCGGUCACGCCGGACCUCGACGCGGUCAUCGGGCAGGAGUUCUUCUGGUCGCGCAUCGACCGGUUCCUCCGCGAAGGCGACAUCGUGAUCACGGAGACGGGCACGGCCAACUUCGGCAUCUGGGAGACGCGGUUCCCCGCCAACGUGACGGCGCUCAACCAGACGUUCUGGGGCAGCAUCGGGUGGGCGGUAGGCGCGUGCCAGGGGGCGGCGCUGGCGGCGCAGGACAUCGCGGGGCCGGAGAAGGCGCGGCGGACGAUCCUGUUCGAGGGCGACGGCAGCCUGCAGCUGACGGUGCAGGAGAUCAGCACGAUGCUGCGGCACGGGCUGGACGUGAUCGUGUUCGUGAUCUGCAACGACGGGUACACGAUCGAGCGGUACAUCCACGGGAUGGACGCCGAGUACAACGACGUCGUCGAGUGGCGGUACAAGGACCUGCCGGCGGUGUUCGGCGCCUCCGCGGACGCCGCGCGCUCGUACGCCGUCAAGACCCGCGGCGAGCUCGAGCGCCUGCUCGCCGACGCCGACUUCAACGAGCGCAAGGGCCUGCGCUUCGUCGAGCUGUACAUGCCCCGCGAGGACGCGCCCAAGAGCCUGAUGCUGACGGCCGAGGCGAGCGCUAAGAGGAACGCUAUGACGGAGUAAAGUAUAGUAAAAUAACGUAAAAGAAUCGAAGAAAAAAAGGAAAGAAAGAAAAGGGGGAAGAUGUGUAUGAGAUAUGACCUCUUUUUUGGAUACAUGGGUUAGGGGGGUUUUGGCUUAUAUAUUUUUCUCUUUUACAUGUUUUUUGCGAGUUGCCAUUUGAGGGGGG